AUGCUAAACCUGAAAACAUCAUCGGAAAAUAUCGGAGGUGGCGGCCGUGGCCGGCGAUCCAAGCCAAGUGAAGGAUGUGAAAGACACCCAAAACACAAACAAUCACCAGGAGUUUGUUCACUUUGUUUAGCACAGAAACUGUCUCAGUUAUCAACUCAUUCAUCCACACUUGCCUAUGCUUCUUCCUCUUCUUCUGUAUCAUCCUACUGUUAUUCAUCUUCUUCUUCCUCUCCCUUUCGUCCUCCUCGUUUUACUGCACAUGGAAAAGGGUCUUCCUUUUCUUUUUUAUUGUUCAGUGGUAAGAAUUUACUCACUAAGAGCAGAUCAGUUGCUUGUGCUUCAAGGAUGAAGAGCAAAGAAGGCAAUGGCCAUAAGAAGGAGAAAGGUGGGUUCUUGUACAAGUUGCUUCAUCCGACAAACACUAAGACGAAAGAACAAGGUCCAUUAAUGGCGGCUUUCGCUUGA